AUGACGGAUGUCACUGUUGUCGAUGACACAGUCAUGAAUCCCAGGGAAUUGAGACGUGGUCACGCUGUCAUCCCUAAUGUCGCUCCUGCCGUUCAGCCAGCACCUGUUGUUCAAUCAGUACCUGUUGUUCAACCAGCACCUGUUGUUCAACCAGCACCUGUUGUUCAACCAGCACCUGUUGUUCAACCAGCACCUGCUGCUCAGCCACUUUCUGCUGUUCAAAACUACGGCUCAAAACUACGUCAGAAGGCAAAGGAAUUGAGCCGAAAAAUCGGAGAAAUCGCUGCACCUUUGAAGGAUUCAGGGAAGAGAUCUGGAAAGGGAUCCGGAAAGUGCUCUGGUAAGGGAUCUGGUAAGGGUCGGAAGAGGAGCAGUGGUGGUGAGUCCAGUAGCACGAAUCCUAAGAGUAAAAGAACUUAUAAACAGGUUCUCAUGGAUCUCACUGCUGAAAAAACCAAUUCUGAUUCAGACUGA